AUGCCUCCCUCGAACGCGAAAAAGACGUCCCGGAUCACAAUUGCCUGCAACGCCUGUCGUUCGCGGAAGCAAAAGUGCAGCGGAGGAAAGCCAGUUUGCACGCAAUGUCUUGAACAUAAUCGCCCCUGUGAUUGGCCGGAGCAGCUCAAACGAGGUCCCGCAAAAGGCUAUAUUGAAGUACUCGAAAAUCGUCUACAUGAAACCGAGACCGUGCUGUUAAAAGUGCUGUCGCAGAUUUCGGAUGCUCAAUUGGCAUCAACGCUGUCCCGAGAUCAAUCAAGCAACGCGAACGGCUAUGCGCCUUUUUCGCGGCUGGGCAAAAAGGGAACUGAAUAUUGGAUGCGGUAUCCGUUGGUAACGGCUGAGAAUGUUCGAGAAUGGCAGCAGGAUUGCACUCGGGAGAUGUCUGGUUCGACAAAUGAGCAGGGCAGAGUCCCGUCUGAGCCAUCAACGAGUAAUGCAAUGAGCAAACACGCGCAAAGAUACGAGUUAAAUCAGAGCGAUGUUGAUGCUCGUGGUCGUUACGAUGAUUCUUUAGAAUUCGAGCCCAGAACAGCUCCAUCUGAGGCGUCUCUCACUGCCAGUCUAGGAAACGUCAAAGAAGUACAGGAACAUCAUUGCAUGAAUCCUCACUACUAA